AUGACAUCCAACCCAGAAAUCCCUCAAAACCUCCCACAAUCUCAAUCUCAACCUCAUCCACGCCCACCACCGCCGCCCACCUUCAACCUAACCUACCCCCCGUCCCUGGAACCCUACAACGUCCCCGCGGUAACCUGGCUGACGACAAACUCCAAGUCCUGGGACGGCCUCGCGACCGGCGCCCUCGUCUUCUCCGCAACGACAAACAAGAUCCUCCUCCUCCAGCGCGCCGCCCACGACAGCAUGCCGCUGCGCUGGGAGACGCCCGGCGGCGCGGCGGACCCGGAUGACGCGAGCCUGUUUGUCGCCUGCGCGCGCGAGCUGUGGGAGGAGGCUGGGCUCGAGGCUGCUGAGAUUGUCAGGGUUGUCAGUGAGGGCGAGGGGAGGGAGCCUGGGAGCGUGUUUACGAAUCGGACGGGGACGAGGGUGUUUUGUCGGUUUGCGUUUGAGGUGAGGGUCAAGGGAGGCAGCCGUGACGAGGCGAGGGAGUUGGAGGAACGGGUGAGGAUCGAUCCUGAGGAGCAUUGUGCUUUUGUGUGGGCUUCUGAGGAGGAGGUUCGGAGCGAGAGGAUCGGGGAGAGGGAGAUUCCGAUUACGAAUGGGCAGAUGGCGAGGUUGAUUCUUGAUGGGUUUCGGAGGAGGAAAGAGGAGGGGGUCUAG